AUGUCUUUGCCAGUUCUCAGUCUUGCGCUCGUCACCUUUGCCUUUGCGGCUCCACCAAUUGUACCUCCAGUGAAUCUGAAACCAUGUGUGGACGGUGUCAACAAUGUCGUCCAGAUUAAGGAUAUUCAUGACGGACCGAUAGCAAUUCAUGCAAGGGAUAUGGUGGCUCAGACCUACGACGCCAAUGGAAACCCAUCUUGCUACUACGGUCGCGCUGCAGUGUCUCUUCCUGGUUUUAUCAAGCUGGUCAGUUCACCAAAUACCGACAUGAAAACGGCCGAGUUCAAGAUGACACUGAAAAAGAACUCGAUCUUCAUCGGAACUGUCUGCGAUAAUGGAGUCGCAAAGAAAGCUCAAGUACCACCAGAGGCAUGCCAUCACAAGAUCUACCCAGAGAUUGGUGACAAGUUCUUGGAGAUGCUCAGCACCCCCGGCAGCUACGACAUGGAAGUGAUUGAGAAGGAGGCUCAUCAGUCGAACAUCAUCAAACUGCCAGCAAUCAGCAGCGCUUUGAACAACUUUGUCGUUAAGGGUGACUGGCAGGCACAGAUCGCACUCGUUCUUGGAGGUCAGACAAUCGCACAUAUCAAGGCUCCAUCAAAUACUGAAUGGCUCUAUGUCAACUUAAGCCUGGCAGUUCAUUGGAGUUACACCUAG